UUGUUGCUCUCAAAUAUCAGGAGGAAAGUGGCGCCCAAAAAGCCAACUCUCCUUUCUUGUCCGGAAUCUGGCUAGAACUGUGCUGGGUUUGCGUUGGAUCGGAUUGGCGUUGGCGGGCGGGCGGACGGGCGGCCCGGAGCGCGGAGAAAGCUGGAAGGGAAAAGAGGGAGCGGCCGGGGACGAAAAAAUAGAGACAGUUCGGAGAUUUCCAGCAUUUCGAGUAGCUCUUGGGAAAACUGGAGACAUACGGCCUCAGCUGAACGGGUGACAGUAGAGGGUCAGGAAGAGAACAGAUAAGUACUUUUAACUUGCAGAGAAGGGGUAAGGGAAAAGAAAUUGACUAGUCCCACGCCCGAACGAUUUCUGAGCUCUGGAAAUCGUUUUCGACGUCAGUCGCAAUUUCAAUAGAGCGUUGUGUAGGUAAUCACUGCAGUCGCCAAAGUUACGAAAUGGGCAAAUCCUGUUCGGAAAGGUAGGCAAAAGUGGAGUGCCAACCUCCGGAGAGAAAAAAGAAAGAACAGAAGCCCACAUUGCUGCUACUGGGCUAUUUUGAACAAACUGUCCCUGUGAUUUGAAUACAGUAAAUGAUGCAAAUCCUCUUGUCAGAACCAGUUGAAUUGUUUUGCUGGAAUAGUUGGUUUCCAGGCCUUUUUACUUUUCACUGUUACUUGGUUGUCAGGCCUCGGGUGCUAUUAUGUACUUUGUGUAAGGAACCUGAGUGACAUAGAGAAGUGCUAGGUGCUGUGCAGGAUACAAUACAGAAGUGUGUGUGUGUGUUGGGUGGGGAGAUCAUAGAGACAAGGACAGUCAAAUGCACUGAAAAUAAUAAUAUAGGAUCAUGUAGAUGUUAGCUGCUUCUGCUAGAAUUCUUCUAGAUAGCUUUGCUGAAUCCAGGUGUUACUUAAAGACAAAAUACAAGGAAUCAUUUUGAUCUCCCUAGUUGACAAUUCUGUUUGGGCAGUGCUGCAAGCAAAGGAUCUGUUAUCCAAGAAGUUUGGAAGUGUGGUACCAAUGGUUAUCCAAGAUCCCUUUGACAUAAUUCCCAGAAAUGUAGGAUGUUAGAACCCAGCUAGUGUUGUUUGUAACUCGGGGUUUAUAAUGUAGUAUAAACCAGCCAAUUCAGUAAUAAACAGCUCUUAACUAGAUAUAUUUGAUCAAGCCGUAGAGAAUCUGUGCUAGCUUUUGCUGUUGUUGUUAUAUACCAUUUCCCUUCCUUUUGGAUGGAAAUCUCUAGUCAUCUCAGCUUCAUUUUUAGGCCAAUGAAUCACAAUGCAGUUGAAACAAUCUGCUGAUCCUUGCUAGACUUUAGGAAACAUUGCCCUAGAGAACUUACUGAAAAGUUAAAGUCAAGGCUUUAAGGCAAGAUUUAGAACAGAAGGAGAUUCUAUAUGGUCAUAUUAACUAGUCCUUCAUAACUAUAACAUAAAAGAAGGUCAACAACGUUGUCCUUUCAUUUGCAGAAAGAAGAAAGUGUCAGAACCCUGAAAAUGGUUUCAUGGCUAUGAUAGCACUUUUAGAGGUAGGGAUCCAAGGUUCAGGGAGAAAGAGAAAAUGAAUGAAAUUGCAGAUGAUUCAUCUGUGAGCACAGUCGUCCUAUCCGUCUCCAGAAAAUGAGUACAAGGAGAAAAUAGCAGCUGCAAAUUUGCUUGCUGUACCCAAACAGCAGAGCUCAGUGUUCCCUUUGCUGCUUUUCAGUAUCUGGUGGCAUUGUAGAGACAGGAUAUGUUACUAUUUAUUGUUUGUGUUUAAUCAAGUCGCCUUACCAGCAACAGCUGCUGAUCGGCUGCUUUUCUUUCAAAAUAAACAUGAUGACAUUAAGGUUGCUUUUCUAAAAAUGUGUGCAACUACUACUUAACAGAUUAUUCGAAUGGGCAAGAAUACAUCUUACGCGUGAAUAGUGAGAAAUGAGAUAAAAAAGGACCUAAUGCAUGAAGUCUAUCGGAUAAAGAUAAUCUAAAUUCUAAAAAUACGUUAGAACACUGUAAGCACAUACUUUUAUGGCACAGUAAAUCAGAUCUGGAUCUUGGAGAGAAAGUUCAAGUUGUACAGCUAUUUAGAUACUUGGCCAAGCUAUUUAUUAACUUUAAGUUCUUUAUCUGUAAAAAGAAAAAAGUUUACAUAACCAGAUUCUUGGAAAUAAAUUAGAAUAAAAUCUAUAAAUUACAAUUUAAGAUUAACAUUCCUCUAUUAUUAGAAUAAUGUGUUUAAUUGGCAGGCUAGAAACCAGAAGACUAUGAGUUCAAGUUCUGACUUAUCAUGAAAGCCAGCUGUAUGACUUCAGGCCAGUCACUCUCUCUCACCUCACCUCACCUUACAGGGUUGUUGUGUGGAAAGUCGAAGGAGGAACUUGACUUGCUUUAUAAAAUACUUGUAAAAAUAAUAAAGGCAGAAUAUUAAUAAAACAAAUAAUCUUAAUGCUUGAAUCUUAUAAAAUUAAUAGGAGUAUGAACUUUACCUUAAAUUAGCAAGUAAUAGGCAUGGUAAGAGUAAAGAAAAAGGAGAUGUCGUUCUGAUGCUGAAGAUUUUUAGAUCAAUAAAGUAUAUGUUCAAUAACGUAUUAUGAUGGCUCAUUUAUUUAAAAUCAUAAUUGCACAAUACAGUAUACCUUGCCUUAUAAAGGCUAUCAGCCUCUCUCAACUGGGGCUCCACAAAACUCUAAGGUUCUGCAAGAGGUUUCUGAGAAAGGUCUUUAUUAAAACAAAUCAACAUCAGUUUUCGAACUUUGCAGGCCAUGCAAUGCCAGUGUUUGCAGCGGUGUGAAUUUUUACAUGCUUCAAGUCAGUUACUGGCCUGUCAGUUUGCUGUUGUUGUAUAAAAUAUGGAUUGUAUAAAUUAGAAGUGAAUUAUGGUGUGAAAUUUUUGUGAUUUUUUUAUUCACAGGUUCCUUGAAAUCUGAAAAUUAUUUCAAGGGAUCCUUUAAGGUAAAAACUUUGACGAAGACUGCUCUAAGCAGUUAUCAGCGAAAGUCCUAAUGAUAGUGGCUUUUGUGAAAGCAGGUUUAAAGUGAAAGUGUUGUAUGUACACUUCUUCACUGAGUGAGAGAUUAUCAGCAGAUAAAUAUACCUCACUGAUAAUCUUGAGCAUUUACUGCUACUACAAUGUUAUUACCUUCUGCAGUUUUCAAACUGAGAUGUGAUCUGAAAUAUUACUAGUAUUCCCAUCUGUAAAACAGCCCGAUAGCUUGAUGAAAUUGCUGGGUAAGUUUUUCUGGCAAUAUUUUUUAUCAGUAUACUGUGGAUUAAAGUUGAUAUUUGCAUUAGUCAGUGCAGCCUAGGGAAAAAGCUAAAUUAAAUGAUUUAUUCUAAUGUCAUCUAUGAAAAUAUGAAAUCCAGUAUAGCAUUUAGAAGUGUAAUCUGAUAUUCUAGAGAGAAAAGAAUUAUAGAAUUACAGAUAUUCUGGGCAGUUAUAGGACAUCUGUUUCCUGUCUUGGCUGUCUGUAUAUAUGCUUAAAUAAAUGUGUAAGUCUUAUGGGAAGUGUCUGGUGCCUCAAAUGAGAUACUUCCCUCUCCCCAAAACCUCACCCCUUAUUUUUAUCUUUCUACAGUGAAACUUGGGGAACAAUUGUUCUCUAUUUGCAGACAAAAGGCAGUUAUAGUUUCUAUGUACAGAAGGAAGCUGAAAUGAUAGCUUCUUUUGUUGCUUUCUAGGCAGAAAGGGACUAUACCUUUGGUUAUAAGGUGAGUGGAGCAGUCUGCCUUCUCUGCUCAGAAGAGCUCAGAGGCCAUUGCAGCCUCCAUCUUAAAAAGGCAUCUUCCACACCAAUGAAGGAGGUGGAUCAUUUGACCACAUUACAUGCUUUUAUUUUCUCCAUGAAAUCUGAAGUUCAGAGGAAGUUUGCACAAAACAUUCAAGAGAAAGUUUUUUCCUAAUUUUCUCAACAAGUGGAUUAACAUUUUUCAUUUUUACUUCUAACAUUGCUAUUGAGAGAAGAGAACAAUUGUUCAUCACUACCACAUUUUUAGUCUGGGAAUAUUUACUAUUAUCUAAAAGACAAUUAUACAUUAUGCGGGUCAUUUUAAUUUUUUAUAGAUUAUUGUCUGCAAUCUUUUAAUACAGAUUCUUGACAAUGCAUUGGUUUUGCUACAUUUUUAACACAACCACCUCAGUGCUUAUGAUGUACCAAUAUGAGAUUUAAAGGGGGGUAAAGUGAUUGCUCUCUUAAGCCAUUUCAGAGUGCAACAACUUAAAAUUCAUAUUAUGGCAGCAAACUAUAAAAGAGUAAUAACAACAGUGAAUUGUUACAGCAGUGCUAUAAUAGAUAAUCAACUUCAAAAUGUUGUGCAUUAUUGCACAGGGACAUGUCAAGUAUUCAAACAAGGAAUUAUGUGCAUAGUGGCCCACCACAGUGUUUGUCCAAAGCUACUUAAAGUUUCUACACCUAAUUUUAGAAAUUCAGAUUUGACCCACAGAUUUUCAAUGCCUGAAAAUUCAAUUGCUUUGCCUGGGGAUGAAGAUUAUAAUCAGCUCCUUCCUAGUAAUCCAAAACUCAAAAAAGGAUCUUCUGUUCAAAGCAGUGCAAAUCUGAAAGAUAUCACUGAAGAAGCCAUAAAUCUUGCUAGUGGAAAAAUAAAAGAAUUCUCAUUUGAAAAACUGAGAAAUUCUUCAAAUCAGGCAAACUAUAGAAAAGGAAGAAAAGUUAAAUCAGACCAAUUCAAUAGAAGAUCACUAGAUUUUGACUUGAUUAGUGGACAUUUCAGCAGUGAUGAAAUUUUGUCCCCUCCUAAUGGUGUUCUAAAUAAUUGUUCCCAUGAAGAAAAAUGGCAUGUCAGCAGCCCUUCUGUUAAAGAAAGUGGGAGUUCUGUAGUUCCUUUGCCUAUAGAAACUUUUCCUGAUGGCAAUUUUAUAACACAAAUUUUGGAAAAGCACAAACUGGAUGGUUCUUCCAGUGGAGAUAUUAAGAUGUGCUUAGAUAUCUUGCUAAAAUGCUCAGAGGACUUGAAGAAGUGUACAGAUAUAAUAAAGCAAUGCAUUAAGAAGAAAUCUUCAGGAAAUGCCAAUAGCGGAAAUAAUAGUGAGUCCUUGGCCAAUUCUGAAAUAAUCUAUAUGAAUUUAAUGACAAGAUUUUCUUCUUACCUUAAACAGUUGCCUUUUGAAUUUAGACACCCUGGUGACAUGGUAGAACUGAUUAAUAGUUUGUCUGCUUUGGAGCAAUCUCAUUUCUCCCCAAUAUUUGGCAAUGAGCAACCACCAAGAUAUGAAGAUGUUGUAACUUCUGCAUCAUCUGUGGCAAAGCAGGCAUUUCCCUCUAACUUAAAAAGAAUUCAGGAUAAUAAUAAUACAAAUUCCUCAACCAAUCUUAUCCAAAUCCCCAGUGUAGAUAUUUCCUCAAAUGCAUUGCAGAACAAUAUAGAUUCUAGAAAUGAUUGUCAUGUACUACCUCAGUUACAAUUUCUAAAUCCAUCAAACAGUGUUUUUUCCACAGAAUCUCUAUAUAUUGUAGAAGAAUCAGAUGGGGAAAAAGUAAGGGGAAGUGCAUCAAAUGUUCAGAGUAGGACAAUAAGGGGAGAUUCAGAGAGCAGCCAAGAGCGAGCUGAAUGGCUAAAUCCUUCUUUAGAACUUUCUAAAACUUCACAUACUGUUGCACAGCCUCUAUCAAAGGGUGACCUCUCCAUUUCAGCUGAUUCCAUUGAUCAAGCUUUUAACUAUAAUGGUCAGGUCUCUAAAGAAGAGCUCAGAAAAAACAAUCAAGAAGAGAUAGAUAAACUUUUGUUGGAUUUAGAGAAUUUUUCACAAAAAAUGGAAAUUACACUGAGAGAAACUACUGUGGAGCAGAGUGAUUCUAGAUAUUUGAAAAGCAGUGGUUUAACCAGUGAAGACAAAGGCAAAGAUUGUUUUCCUGAAGACAAAAGCGUGCCUUCUUCCUUAUCAAAACUUGUAGAAAUCAAUGGUCAUAAAAUGGAUGAAGAUGACAAAACACUUUUAUUGCGUAUUUUGGAGAGUAUUGAAGACUUUGCCCAAGAACUAGUAGAAUUCCAAUUGGGCAAAGGAAGCUUAUCAAAAGAGAAAGAAGUGAUGCAUAUUCUUCAGGAAACUUUAGCCACGCCUUCCAUCACAGUUGACAAGCAGAGCUGCAUAGAUACACUGAAGAAAAAACCUGCCUCACCAUUAAUUCAACAGAUGCCAGAGGUUAUCAAGGUACAAAAUAAGCAAGAGAAAAAACCGGUGACACAAUCUCUAACGCCUGCAAAUUCAACUAUCACCCCACAGUCUCUACUGUCUACAAAUAAAGAAACUCUUGGUGCUCCUUUGUCCAUAAACAUUCCUACUUUCUAUUUUCCCUAUGGACUUCCAAAUAUCUGCAAUAAUCAGGAUGAAAUUAUUAUCAAAGUUGAAGCAGCCUUUUCAGAGUUUGAAGAUAAGAAAGUUCCCUAUAAUGAAAUGGGAAAAAUUAUAAAAAUAUGUGGCUGUCCCCUGUACUGGAAAGCUCCCAUGUUCAAUGCAUCUGGAGGAGAGCAGACAGGAUUUGUAUCUGUACAUUCAUUUGUGGCCAUGUGGAGAAAGAUUCUACACAACUGUCAUGAUGAUGCAUCAAAAUUCAUUUGCCUUUUAGCAAAACAUAACUGUAACUAUCUGGAACAAGAAGAUUUCAUCCCAAUACUGCAGGAUAUAGUUGAAACUCAUCCAGGACUGACAUUUCUAAAGGAUGCCCCAGAAUUUCAUUCCCGCUACAUUACUACGGUUAUUCAAAGAAUAUUUUACAUAGUGAAUAGAUCGUGGUCUGGAAAAAUAUCAUUAAUAGAGCUGAGGAAAAGCAACUUUCUGCAAACUCUAGCCCUCUUAGAAGAAGAGGAAGACAUUAAUCAAAUCACUGAUUAUUUUUCUUAUGAGCACUUCUAUGUUAUUUACUGUAAAUUCUGGGAAUUGGACACUGAUCAUGAUCUCUAUAUCAAUCAAAGUGAUUUGGCUAGAUACAAUGAUCAAGCUUUGUCAAGCAGAAUUAUAGAAAGAAUAUUCACUGGAGCUGUUCUUAGAGGAAGUCAAGAACAAAAAGAAAACCAGAUGAGCUAUGCAGACUUUGUGUGGUUUCUGAUCUCGGAAGAAGACAAGAGAUGCCUCACAAGUAUUGAGUACUGGUUCCGAUGCAUGGAUUUAGAUGGGGAUGGCACACUAUCAAUGUAUGAACUUGAGUAUUUUUAUGAGGAACAGUGUGAAAGGAUGGAAUCUAUGGGCAUUGAACCGUUGCCCUUCCAUGACCUAUUGUGCCAAAUGCUUGAUCUAGUAAAACCAGAAUAUGAGGGAAGAAUUACUCUACGAGAUUUGAAGAGAUGUAGAAUGGCUCAUGUAUUUUAUAAUACUUUCUUUAACCUUGAAAAGUAUCUGGAUAAUGAACAACGGGAUCCCUUUGCUGUGCAAAAGGAUAUUGAAAAUGAAAGUCCAGAACCCUCUGAUUGGGACAGAUAUGCUGCUGAGGAAUAUGAAAUUCUUGUAGCUGAGGAGUCUGGCAGUGUACAGUUACAAGAAGGCUCCUUUGAAGAUGAUUAUGAAACAGAUGAACUCUUAUCUAUGUCUGAAAUUGAAGAAAAGUCAGAUAAUUUAGUUAUUUCGCAUCUUUCAGCAUAAGAAUGGAGAUUUGUCCUCAAAGUCUACCAUUAUUAAACACAAGAAUCUUCAGUUCUUACAUUUGAAGAAACAAUAAUGUUAUUUGAUGAAGUACCAUCAUCUGAAACAAAAUCAUAAUUAUACAAGAUAUAUUAUUUGUUUCUCUAAUGUGAUAAUUUUCCUAACUGUUCGGGUAUGCAUAGAAUUUGUGCAGACAUUCACGGAACCUGUAAGGAAACAACAAAGACUGGAUAAAGGUGAAAAGCUUCAUAUUUAUAUAUAAAAAAAGAAUUUAAAACAAUCAAUAAAUACUUGAGGAUUUUUUUCCAUUUUGGAUUAUUCCUCCUCUUCUUAUUUAGAUGCUAUGUUCAGUUUCUUUCUUGUUUUACAACAUAAUUGUAUACUAAUGUUCAGUUUUUUGAUGUAUCAGAAGUACCUGUCAGUUUUCUAGAUUAUUUCUAGCUCACUACAGAUAUUUAUAUGCAUUACAGAAUACUGAAUGAUGAUAAUGGAAUUUUGGAAUAUGGAAUUUUCAAGGGUUUAUUUAAAUCUAGUGUCAAGUUCAUGUUUCUUUGGUUUAAAGUAUAAUAGAGAAAAGAGAUAGCCCAUUCGUUUUCAUGGUUGUUCUUCAUGGGAAUUUUUUCUUUUAACAGAAUAACACAAUAAUUCUGUAAUUUUAUUAAAUUCUUCUUAAAAAAUCAUUAAUGCCUUAAUAAAUGCAACAAUUCCCCUCCAUAAAAGAGAAAUUGGUAUGUUUUCCAAACUUAAAAGAAAUGAAUGACCUAAAAUUCAUAGCCGAUAGGAAAGCCCCACCAGAUUGAUGCGUUUUAAAUUGAUGUGUAGAAAAUGAGAAUCAAUUGACAAAAUGAAUCAAAACUCUCCCAAGAAUAAACGACAGGUAAAAAUAACAUUUACAAGAUAGAUCCUAGAAGAUGCAGGUAAUACCUUACCUUACCCAUUCUUUUGAAUCUUGUUCUUUAAAAAAAUUUACGCUAACAGGUAAUACCCAUUUUAUAAAGGAAGCAUUUACAAUAAAUUGUUUAAAUGGUUCUUAGUGGCAUAAAAUUGACUCCCUUGUGAGGCAGUAUGUUCUCCUUCAGUGAAGGUCUUGAAAUGAAGACUGCAUGGCCACCUGUUGAAAAUGUUUUGGGAAGUCCAGCACUGAGUAGAAGAUUGGACUUUCAUUCAGAGGUGCUUUCAUUUUAUAAUUCUGUGAUAAAAUAAUGCCAUAGUGACAAUAGAUACAAACUGCUUAGAAGUGACAAUGAAGAUAAUUGAAGUGGUAGAAUGCUCCUGUCUUUUAGGGCAAACAGUAAAGAAACAAGCAAUCAAGGAAUAUACUACAGACUAACACUUAGUAGCCGUGAAGGCCUUGAAAAAGAUACUCAGAUGUGUGUAUACUUACAAAGAUCAGAAUAGUGCAGGCAAUCGUAUUUCUGUGACACUUUCUGGAAGUGAAAAUUGUACUUUGAAAUCAGGCUAGAAAAGAGCAUUGCUGCUUUUGAACUUUUAUGUUGGAUAAGACUUGUUAGAAUACUAUGGACAGCCAGAAAAACAAACAAAUGGAUUAUGAAACAAUUCAACCCAUAGUUCUCACUUGAGGCACAGCUGAAUAGGUUCAAACUAUUCUAUUUCAAAUGCAUCAUUGAAAGACCUAGUUCUCUAGAGAAGAUGCAAAUGCUGUGAAAGAUGGAAGGAAAUAAGAUACCAGCAGCAAGAUGGAUGGACUUAGUUACAAUAGUGAUAGGUGCAUUAUUGGAAGACCUGAAUGAGCAGGUUAAAGGACAGAUCAUCGUGGAAAAAUCUAUGUGGUUUCCAAGAGUUGACAAAAACCUGGUGUAUAAUCAUCCAAUCAGCAUACAUUAACAUUACACACAACAAAGAGAAUAUUGUAGUUUAAUAUUGCGGAUAAGCAAUUGUUCCUGAUGAUGAAAUGAUUCAGUUCAGGAACUGAGAAAAUAUGAUAGUCCACAACAAACACACCUUAAGUGAUCUUAUAUGUGAAUUGCAAAUGAGAAGAUUUUUUAUGAAAACACUUUUUUGUUCAGUCCUGCAGGUUAGUUUUUUAAUGGAUGCUUUUCAAAGGCACCUGGUUCACCACCACUAGAACAUAGCUGUUUGAAAAUUCUUUUGCAGCAGAUUUUAAUGCCAAUGUGUAUAAGGAAUUUUCUGUGUUCUGAAAGGAUUAGUGAUAAAUUUUUGUCCAUUUCUCAUAUGAUUGUGGAACAGUUUAAGCACAAUUUCCUCUGAAAGAUAUCUUUUGCAUUCAUUUUUAAAGUUUAAUUUAAGUGAUAGAAUAUGAGCAUACUUUGGGCAAACUGAACAAGUUGGGGAUUAUAAUGUUCAAUUCCUAAGUGCUUAGCUUCUUUCUGAUAACACAAUACUAAUGAUUGUGCAUUGUAAAAAUACACUAAAAGAGUUUAUUUUUUCUAUGUGUGUGUAUCUUUGUAUAUAUAUAUAUAUAUCAUAUCUUGGGAAUUCUGGGUAGAAGAUGGUGAUGAUGAUACUGUAGUAGCAGCAUUAUAGUCAGUCUAACUUAUCCUUUACACUUUAACUUGCAUGCUAAAAGUUUGAAGUAGAGUUGAGCUUCAGGAUUCCUUUUAAAUGCCAUGAGACAACUGUGAAUAGAGUCAAUAUUAGUAUUUAUCUAGUUUAUUGAUGUAGAAUAUGAUUGUCUAUGAAAGUUUUGCCCCGUAGCCCCAAGUAGAUUAUUAAUUUUCUGUGUGGGAAAGAUUCAAAGCAAUUAUAGAGGAAAAAAUCAAAUUCAGUAUCCAGCAGAUUCCAGCUAGUUUUUAAGAAAGCCAUAGUCUGAAAGCCUGGAGAACCAUUACUAAUUAAUUUAUAUAAUAUUCAUUUGGAAAGAUCUAUCCCAUAAGAUAAAUUCCACUAUGAUGUACGUUUUUUUACACUACCAAAUAUUUUUCAAUAAAAUCCUAUAUAGUUGUAAGAAAAUUUUGUUUCAAACUUAGUCUAUUGCACCUUAUUGGUCUAUUGCACCUAGAGUUUAGUCUCUUGCACAAUAAAUUUUAUCCUGGUAUGAUUAUCAUAGAACUAUUAUUUUUAACAGUGCUGUGUGCACUUUAAAAAUGUUUUUUCCUCCAAUGAUUGCUAAUAGCCAGCCUUGAACAUACCUGUUAUAAAAGAUCUGCAAUUUAAAAAAUAUUCUAUUUGUUAUAAUCAAGUCCUGCUUUAGCCAUGAAAGCCAACUGGGUGACUUUGGAUCAAUCACUUUCAGCCCAACCCACCUCCUAAUAUUGUUAUUGUGGGGAAAAUUGAAGGAAGAAGGUGUGUUAGAUAUGUUUGCCACCUUUAGUUAUUUGUAAAAAUAAAAAAUAAUCAGAAGCAUUCUAGAACUAGAAAAAGUACUUUUUAAAAAAUAUUUAUUCUUCUAAUAAAAAGUACAAUACAAAACAAAAACAAACAUGAAACAAAACAAAAGCAUACAUUCAACAAUAACAAUAACAAAAGAAGAAAAAAUAAUGUACAAAAAAAGAGGAAAAAGUGAUCAAAUAAAUUUAGCAUUUAACAUGUAGGAUCCACCCUGGCUAUUAGGUGCUGUGGGGGGGGGGGGAAGCAUUAAAUUCUCCUCAGAUGUAUUUCUGAAGCAAUAGCAAAUAAAAGUAUAGCAAAUAAAGUUUUCUCUAUAGCACAGAGGGGGAAAAAAUCAAGCUCUUAUUUUUAGCUCCUUUUGAAUAUGAGCCAAUGAAUGUUAAAAAUAAAGGGGGUAAUCAGUUAUAGGAGAACUACAGUAUACGGGACCCAUUUUAUGUAAAUAAUCUAAUAAUAGAUCUCUCAGCCUAUAGUUUAUACAAGAAUAGCAGAUUUAUCAAAGGCUGCUUUUGAAAAAAGUUGCCUCUGAAUAAGGCUUCAAUCAAUCCUUUCAAUGAGUUUUAUGGAGUCCAGAGAAACUUCUUGCCCUUGUACUCCUUACAUGUAUUUCCACUGUUUCUUUUUCCAUAAAAGAGUCUUGUUGAAAUAGAGAAAGACAGUGAACAAAAACUCUCUAUGCUUAAAAUCUAGGGCUCCCUUGGUGUUUUCACUGGGGUAGUAACAAAAUACAACAGCGCAUCACAUAUUAUUGUGAAGGACUCCUUUGGAGAAUCUGUUUAUUUUUGGGGGGGUGAGGGAGAGUGUACUCUGCAGCUCAAGACUAGAAGCCAAGGGUCAAUAUGUGGGUUGCUUCCAAUCUUUGCCGGAUGAUUUAAGGGAUUUCUCCUAGCUUCCUGACAUGUUUUGUUUUCUUGAACUAUGGCAGGACUUAGUAUGUUUUUAAUAACAUAGCACCUCUCUGCUUGAAGCAUGUGAAAGCUUACAACAGUUAUAUUUUGUUCCCAUGCCAACCAAAACUGUUUCACCAUCUAAACAUAACAGUAUAUUAAUAUACAUUAUUUUGAUUUGGAUGCAUUUUCUUCAAACUCUUAUAAUUUGAAUUUUGUGUUCCAUAAAUGUGCCCUUUAACACCAUCCAAUUGUUAGGGAAACUAUUUAGUUCUGUGCCCAUUUCCCUAGUAUAUUUGAUGUAGUCUCAAUGUAUUUAUGAUAGUUUUACAGUUUAACACUAAGUAUCUAACAGAUUGCACACAUUUUGACUUAACAGUUUCGCAUAUGGUGCAGAAAUUGAUAAUACACCUUAAUUUAUUAUUUAAAAAACACUGGUAAAGUGAGUUAACAAAUUUCAACUGUUUUUUUAAUAGAAGUGACUGGCAUGGUUCAAACUGGAAUGAACACUGCUGUAUACUGAAUUCAGUUUGGCCUGCAUGAUGAACCAAGCUCCUGCAAACCUCUUAUAGCUUUUACUUUUAAAAGUAUUCUAAUAAUUAGUCAUCUAAUCUAUUUUGAAAUAUAUAGUUUAUUUGAAGAAAAUUGCUUUAGGGAGAAUUCAAAUACACUUUCUUAAGUACAAUUUGCUUAUAUUUCUCAAAACUCUUGGAUGUCCCCAACUUAUUUUACUAGCAAUGUGAUUUCUAUUGUAAUGUUCCUAUUACAGGGAUGCUCUAAACUUUUGAUUUUAAAGGCAUCCCUUUAUCACUCCCCAAAUCCCUUUAUUUAUGUUAAAGACAAAUGUGUAGAUUUGUCAACAUUAUCUUGUUGUCUUAAACCCUAUCAAAUACCAGAGGCCAUUGUUAGUAGCAUUAUUACACUUGAAGCCAAAAACAUAUAUUGACAGAAAUGUUGUUUUACUAGGGUACCUUAAGAUAUUAUAUUCAAUAGCAUGAAAAAGUGGGUUUUUUGCUUUUAUGAGAUUCUGUAGGUUAAUCUUUCUGCCUAAAGACAGAAAUAAUAAUACCUACCUCAUAAGAAAGGGGUUAAAAUGGUUCAGUUAGGUACAUUACAUAGAUAUUCCUUUCAGUAAAGAGCUCAAGCAGUAUUUGGUUAAUAAUAAUAAUAUGUACAGUAGCUUUUCUUAUUGAGCAAAAUGCUUUUCAUUGAUUGAAAUGGGAUUGCUUGGUUUUAUUUUUAAAAAAAGUAUAUUAUAAUAGAUAUCAAGUUUUAUCCAUGGUUUAUUUUUUAAUAGAGCAACCACAUAUUUUCUUGGGCGAUGGGGGAGGGGAGGGAGAGAUUGCCACUAAGAGGCAGUAUUGAGCAAAAGAUUUAGACCAAGCUAAACUAUUCCAAGCAGUAUUAAGUCUAUUAAUAAAAAUAAUAGAUGGAGAUAAUUUGUCAUAAUUCUCCAAUUUUAACAUGAAAACUGUUCUAAAAUAGCUUUAGAGCAUAUUACAUAGCUUUCGAAGACUAAGUACAAUGCCAAAAAAUUUGUUCUGCAUGUUUAAAAUCAAAGUAUAUUAAGUUUAAUUAAGAUAUUUUAAUGAACAGUAGGGAUUAUAAAACUAAAGGACAAAUCCUUGUAAUUCAUGCUUAUUCAUAUAUGCUUUGUUAAAUGUUAAAAUUUAUAGAUAUUCUAAGAGGUAGAAAAAAGUUAUGAAACUUGUUAAAAUUGACUUAUGUUGGGAAUGGCUUUGCCUUAGCUAUUUUACUUUGUACUUUUUUUUUCUUUUGCAAUUAAAAUAUAUUUUUAAAA